AUGGUGUCUUCAACAGCGGUUACGACCAAGGUGACCUCCGGGUCCCCUUACCAACUUGAUAACAAUCAGGUCGUUCGCGCUUCGUCUGCGCUAUUACGACACAUCAAGUCUAAGCAGGAGGAGAAAGAGAAGACAGCAGCAAAAAAGACUCUCAUUGGCGACAACGACGAUGACUCGGAUGAAGAGAACACUCCGCUCCACAACGAAGCAAUCUGGCUCGUGCUCACCACGAAGAAGCAUGUUGUAGACAAGAACCGUUUGAAGCCCGGAAAGAUCAGCAUUCCACACUCCCUCAACUCCUCGUCGUCUCUCAGUGUCUGCCUUAUCACUGCUGACCCGCAACGCGCGGUCAAAAACAUCGUUGCCGAUUCUUCCUUCCCGCAACAUCUCUCUUCCCGCAUCGACAAGGUUAUUGGUUUUUCGAAGUUGAAGUCGAAGUACCAGAGCUUUGAGAGUCGGCGUCAAUUGCUCUCAGAGCAUGAUGUCUUCUUGGCGGAUGAUCGGAUUAUCAUGCGCCUCGUCAACACCCUAGGCAAAAUAUUCUACAAGUCCAGCAAGCGACCGAUCCCCAUCCGUAUUGCCGAGAUCGAGAAGGUAGAUGGCAAAAAGGUGAAAAAGGAUCCCAAGAAAAAGUCCAAAGAUGAGGAUAGCGCUUUCGCUUCUCCUGCGAUCGUCGCUAAGGAGAUUGAGAAGGCUCUCAACUGUGCGGCUGUACACCUUGCGCCGGCCACUACCGCCGCUAUCCGAAUUGGUAACUCUAAAUUUACCGAGCAGCAGCUGGCUGAGAAUGUUGAGGCUGUCGUGAAGGGCUUGGCCGACAAGUUUAUCACCAAGGGCUGGAGGAAUAUCAAGGCUCUCCAUGUAAAGGGUGCGAACACCAUGGCCAUGCCGAUCUGGCUGGCCAGUGAACUGUGGGUCGACGAGGCCGAUGUCGUCGAAGAGGCACCUGAGAACGACACAAAAGCCAUUGAGGGUGCAAAGUCCAAGAAGCGCAAGCAAGCUGGGGAGGACGAGAAGCUACUUGAAGGAACUAAGAAGACCAAGAAAUCUAAGGCUAUUGAGGACGAUGAUGAUGCGGCCGCAAGGAAAGAGAAGCUUCAGAAGCAAAAGGCCAUGGCUUUGGAGGAUGGCAGUGAGCCCGCACCCGGCGCAGGCAAAAAGAAGAGAAAGUCGACUUCAUAA